GUGAUGUAGAAGUUCAUUCCUGCUAGGGCCCGUGGUGCACGCCUGUGAUCCAGUGCUCUGGGGUUUACAUAGCAUGUAGAACAUUACGAGGGAGAAGUUCCUAGAGAAACUUUUCAUUGGUCUGCUGGCACUGCAGACCCUUCUGGUGGUCCCCUUGUGAGUGGCAGAUCCUUCUGGAAGCCAUGUCCAACUCAGGAGCUCACUCACAACCAGGCAGAAGGAGCAUGCAGAAUUCCGAGGGAGGAGCGGACUCGCCCGCGUCCGUGACUCUGCGACCCCCGGCGGCUGCAGCCCAGCCCGUACCCGCCUCCCCGCAGAGGGUGCUGGUCCAGGCCGCGGGCCCUGCGCCCAAGGGGGCCCCGAUGCAGCCACUGUCUCUCCCCAGAGCUCCACAGGUGCCACAGCAGGUCCCACCCGUGCAGCACGUGUACCCCGCUCAGGUGCAGUACGUGGAAGGGGGUGACACCGUCUACGCGAAUGGAGCCAUACGAGCGGCCUACACCUACAACCCCGAGCCUCAGAUGUACGCCCCCAGCAGCGCAGCCUCUUACUUCGAGGCCCCGGGCGGCGCUCCGGUGACAGUGGCAGCCUCGUCCCCGCCAUCAGUCCCCACUCACGGCAUGGUGGGCAUCACCAUGGACGUCGCGGGGAACCCCAUCGUGUCCAGCGCGGGCGCCUACCUCAUCCACGGGAUGGACAGCGCGAGACACUCCCUGGCCCACACUGCUCGGUCCUCGCCAGCCACGCUUCAAAUGGCGAUUGAAAACCUCCAAAAAAGCGAAGGAAUCACCCCCCACAAAAGCGGUUUGCUCAACAGCCAUCUCCAGUGGCUGCUGGACAACUACGAGACGGCCGAGGGCGUGAGCCUCCCCAGGAGCUCCCUGUACAACCACUACCUGCGCCACUGCCAGGAGCACAAGCUGGACCCCGUGAACGCCGCCUCCUUCGGGAAGCUCAUCCGCUCCGUGUUCAUGGGGCUGCGCACGCGGCGCCUGGGCACCAGGGGCAACUCGAAGUACCACUACUACGGCAUCCGUCUGAAGCCGGACUCCCCGCUGAACAGGCUGCAGGAGGACACUCAGUACAUGGCCAUGCGGCAGCAGCCCCUGCACCAGAAGCCCAGGUACCGGCCAGCCCAGAAGACGGACAGCCUUGGGGACAGCAGCUCCCACAGCAGCCUGCACAGCACACCGGAGCAGGCUACGGCCACACAGAGCCAGCACCACCAGCAGUACAUAGAUGUGUCCCACGUGUUCCCAGAGUUCCCGGUGCCCGAGCUGGGCAGUGCGCUGCUGCAGGAGAGCGUCACACUGCGCGACGUCAAGGCCCUGCAGCUGGCGUACCGACGGCACUGCGAGGUGACCACUGCAGCCCCGGGUGGCACAGAGGCCACCUUGGAUGUCGUCACAAACCUCCAGUUCCACUACAUUGAGAGGCUGUGGCUGUCCUUCUGGAACGCCAAAGCUACCUGCAGUGACAGCCCCACCUCCCUCCCCGCCAGUGACGAGGAGCCCACAGGACAGGCUGUGCUGCCCCAGGACAAGCUCAUUGCACUGUGCAAGUGCGCGCCCAUCCUCAAGUGGAUGCGGAGCUGCGACCACAUCCUGUACCAGGCGCUGGUGGAGAUCCUCAUCCCGGAUGUGCUGCGCCCGGUCCCCAGCACCCUGACGCAGGCCAUCCGGAACUUCGCCAAGAGUUUGGAAGGCUGGCUGACGAACGCCAUGGCUGACUUCCCGCAGCAGGUCAUCCAGACCAAGGUGGGCGUGGUCAGCUCCUUUGCGCAGACGCUGAGGCGCUACACGUCGCUCAACCACCUGGCGCAGGCCGCGCGCGCUGUGCUGCAGAAUGCGUCCCAGAUCAGCCAGAUGCUCAGCGACCUCAACCGCGUGGACUUCGCUAACGUGCAGGAGCAGGCCUCGUGGGUGUGCCAGUGCGAGGAGGGCCUGGUGCAGCGGCUGGAACAGGACUUCAAGGUGACCCUGCAGCAGCAGAGCUCGCUCGAGCAGUGGGCCCGCUGGCUGGACGGCGUGGUCAGCCAGGUGCUCAAGCAGCAUGCAGGCAGCCCCAGCUUCCCCAAGGCCGCAAGGCAGUUCCUGCUCAAGUGGUCCUUUUACAGCUCCAUGGUGAUCCGGGACCUGACCCUGCGCAGUGCUGCCAGCUUCGGCUCCUUCCACCUCAUCCGCCUGCUCUAUGACGAGUACAUGUUCUACCUGGUGGAGCACCGAGUCGCCGAGGCCACUGGGGAGACGCCUAUCGCCGUCAUGGGGGAGUUCAAUGACCUCACCUCCCUGUCGCUGACGCUGCUCGACAAAGAUGACAUCAGCAGUGAGCGGGGUGGCGAAGACGCCUGCAGCCUGGGCGAGCCCCUGGUGAAACGGGAGCGCCGUGACUCGGGCCACCACCUGCACGGUGGCAUCUAGCACCUUCCCCUAGGUGCCUUCCGGACAUGAGGUCCCAGAAGGUGUCACCAGGCCACCCUGGGAACCUGGACCUCCUGGCCCCACCGCACUUGUGCCUCUUAGAUGACUUGAUGUUUACUCUGACUCUGCCCCGGGGCCACGCUCCCCGGACCCACGAGAGAGACAGUUACCCACGCUGUCAAAGCUGCGGCGAGGCCCUGUGUCCCUCGUUCUGGGGACGCCCCCUCCGCCCGACGUGAGCUGUGCUCUGCGUCCCCCACUACAGGCUACUUCUCUGAGUCACCUCACUGACAGACCCAGCCCGGGCUGAGCGGGGAGUGACAGCCCGGCCCCACCUGGUCCUGCACUGGUGGGGGCACAGAGCCCCCAGUGCUCCCGGGCAGGAAGAACCCACCCCAGCGUGUGCCUUGUGGCCCUUGGUGGCUGGACGGUCCCAGGCUUCCUGCCCUGCGGCGCUCCAUCUCCAAUGACAGAUCCGCAGCUGGAGAAAGAACAAGCCAUAGAAAGGACUCCGCUCUUGUCCUCCUGUGACCUUGGAGGGCUCUGACACCCGCAAGUCCCGCCUUGACCUCUUCAAAGCGAAACUGGGCACAGGUGACAACCAAGGACCCACGCAGCCCCGAACUCCAGACAUGCAGAGAUCACAAAGAAAGCGCUGUCUACAGAAAUGCAAUACGUCCUCUGUUGGAAAAUGUUUAUGCCAAUAGUUUUGUGCUCUAAUUGUUCUUAGAAGGUUUCUUUAUGCCCGUACGUCUCACACAUACUCGGUCUCCAAUGUUUGUCCUCCCUCACACAGAAUGCACUAAUGCCAGUUCCCACGGCCUCGAAAACUGCACCCCUCAGCCCGUGUCGGGGUGCAGGAGGCACGGAGAGAAAGGUGUGCAGAUGUUCUGAGGCCCCUGAUAAUCCCCAUGUUUGUCUGGUCUUAUAUGGAAGACUUAGAUGAACUCAGGAGAAGAAUGUCGUUCAAGAAUCGCCUCCUCUCCCUGGAGUCCUUCGAGCUCAGCGAUGCGCUGUAACGGUGGUGUUUGUUCCUGUGUGGAACCAAUACAGACAG